CGGCUAACGCGCUCUGCUUGCCCCCUGGCCCCGGAUGGUGACUGGCGGUGGUGCUGCACCUCCCGGGACUGUCACUGAGCCGCUUCCCAGUGUGAUUGUGCUGAGCGCAGGCCGGAAGAUGGCGGCUGCGGCUGCGGCGGCCUCGGGCCCGGGCUGCUCCUCCGCGGCGGGGGCGGGGGCAGCCGGGGUCUCGGAGUGGCUGGUGCUGCGGGACGGCUGCAUGCGCUGCGACGCCGACGGGCUGCACAGUCUCUCCUACCACCCGGCGCUCAACGCCAUCCUGGCCGUCACCAGCCGCGGGACCAUCAAAGUCAUCGACGGCACCUCGGGGGCCACCCUACAGGCCUCGGCGCUCAGCGCUAAACCAGGUGGACAGGUGAAAUGUCAGUACAUUUCUGCUGUGGAUAAAGUUAUAUUUGUGGAUGAUUAUGCAGUAGGAUGUAGGAAGGACCUUAAUGGAAUCUUGUUGUUAGACACUGCUCUGCAAACUCCAGUUUCAAAGCAGGAUGAUGUGGUUCAGCUUGAAUUACCUGUUACAGAGGCGCAGCAGCUCUUAUCAGCAUGUUUAGAAAAGGUAGAUAUUUCUAGUACGGAGGGUUAUGAUUUGUUCAUCACACAGCUCAAAGAUGGUUUAAAAAAUACAUCGCAUGAGACUGCAGCAAACCACAAAGUUGCUAAGUGGGCCACAGUUACAUUUCAUCUUCCUCAUCAUGUGUUGAAGUCCAUUGCCAGUGCCAUUGUAAAUGAACUCAAGAAAAUAAAUCAAAAUGUUGCUGCCUUACCUGUGGCGUCCUCAGUGAUGGACAGAUUGUCUUACCUCUUACCUAGUGCACGUCCAGAACUCGGAGUGGGGCCAGGCCGUUCUGUAGACAGAUCACUGAUGUAUAGUGAAGCUAACAGGCGGGAGACGUUUACCUCAUGGCCUCACGUAGGCUAUCGGUGGGCACAGCCAGAUCCCAUGGCUCAAGCUGGAUUUUAUCAUCAGCCUGCCUCAUCUGGAGAUGAUAGAGCCAUGUGUUUUACUUGUAGUGUAUGUCUCGUUUGUUGGGAACCUACUGAUGAACCUUGGUCUGAACACGAGAGACAUUCCCCGAACUGCCCCUUUGUGAAAGGUGAGCACACACAGAAUGUGCCACUGUCAGUCACUCUCGCAACCAGUCCUGCACAGUUUCCCUGCACGGAUGGAACCGACAGGAUAUCUUGCUUUGGGUCGGGGAGCUGCCCUCAUUUUCUAGCUGCUGCAACUAAACGAGGGAAGAUCUGCAUAUGGGAUGUUUCUAAACUUAUGAAGGUGCACUUAAAGUUUGAGAUUAAUGCCUACGAUCCCGCAAUUGUACAACAGCUUAUUCUGUCAGGAGAGCCGAGCUCCGGAGUUGAUUCCAGGAGACCAACUUUGGCAUGGCUAGAGGAUUCCUCUAGUUGCUCAGAUAUACCCAAGCUGGAAGGAGAUAGUGAUGAUUUACUGGAGGAUUCUGACAGUGAAGAGCAUUCCAGAUCAGAUUCUGUGACAGGGCACACAUCACAGAAGGAAGCCAUGGAAGUGAGCCUUGAUAUUACAGCCCUCAGCAUUCUCCAACAGCCAGAAAAACUCCAGUGGGAGAUUGUUGCAAAUGUGCUUGAAGAUACUGUUAAGGAUCUUGAAGAACUUGGGGCAAAUCCUUGCUUAACAAACUCUAAGAGUGAAAAGACAAAGGAAAAGCACCAGGAACAACAUAACAUUCCCUUUCCAUGUUUAUUAGCUGGAGGUUUAUUAACAUAUAAAUCUCCUGCUACCUCACCCAUUAGUAGUAAUUCUCAUAGGUCACUGGAUGGUUUAAAUAGAACUCAGGGUGAAAGUGUAUCAGAACAAGGGUCAACUGACAAUGAAUCCUGCACUAAUUCAGAACUGAAUUCUCCUCUAGUGAGGAGGACUUUACCUGUUUUGCUUCUUUAUAGCAUCAAGGAAUCUGAUGAGAAAGCAGGAAAAAUAUUUUCACAGAUGAAUAAUAUUAUGAGUAAAAGUUUGCAUGAUGAUGGUUUUACUGUUCCACAGAUUAUUGAGAUGGAGCUGGAUAGUCAGGAGCAGUUGUUGUUGCAGGAUCCUCCUGUGACUUACAUUCAGCAAUUUGCAGAUGCAGCAGCCAACCUUACCUCUCCAGAUUCUGAGAAGUGGAACUCUGUGUUUCCCAAGCCUGGGACUUUGGUUCAGUGCUUGAGGCUGCCAAAGUUUGCAGAGGAGGAGAAUCUUUGUAUAGACUCAAUAACUCCUUGUGCUGAUGGAAUUCAUUUGUUGGUAGGACUGCGGACAUGCCCUGUUGAAUCCUUGAGUGCAAUAAAUCAAGUAGAGGCCUUGAAUAAUUUAAAUAAAUUAAACUCUGCACUAUGUAAUCGACGGAAAGGUGAGCUGGAAUCGAAUCUUGCUGUAGUGAAUGGUGCAAAUAUUAGUGUAAUCCAACAUGAAUCACCAGCAGAUGUACAGACUCCUUUGAUAAUUCAGCCCGAGCAGAGGAAUAUUAGUGGUGGAUAUUUAGUUCUUUAUAAAAUGAAUUAUGCCACUCGGAUAGUGACUUUAGAAGAGGAGCCAAUAAAAAUCCAACAUAUCAAAGAUCCCCAGGACACAAUUACCUCGCUCAUUUUGCUUCCACCAGAUAUAUUGGAUAAUCGGGAGGAUGACUGUGAUGAACCUAUUGAGGAAAUGCAGUUAACCUCCAAGAAUGGCAUUGAAAGAGAAAAAACGUCUGACAUUUCUACUCUUGGACACCUGGUCAUAACCACUCAGGGAGGAUUUGUAAAAAUAUUAGAUCUUUCAAACUUUGAAAUUUUGGCCAAAGUGGAGCCUCCCAAAAAGGAGGGCACUGAGGAACAGGACACAUUUGUUUCUGUCAUUUAUUGCUCUGGCACAGACAGGCUGUGUGCAUGCACCAAAGGUGGUGAGCUUCAUUUUCUCCAAAUUGGAGGAACCUGUGAUGAUAUUGAUGAAGCUGAUAUACUGGUGGAUGGAUCUCUUUCUAAAGGAAUAGAACCAUCUUCAGAAGGUUCCAAACCUUUAUCAAAUCCUUCAAGUCCUGGCAUUUCAGGAGUUGAGUUAUUGGUGGACCAGCCAUUCACCCUUGAAAUCUUGACAUCUCUAGUGGAGUUAACCCGCUUUGAGACUUUGACGCCACGAUUUUCAGCUACUGUUCCUCCAUGCUGGGUUGAAGUUCAACAAGAACAGCAGCAAAGGAGGCAUCCUCAGCAUCUGCAUCAGCAACACCAUGGAGAUGCUGCCCAGCACACUAGAACGUGGAAACUGCAGACUGACAGCAAUAGCUGGGAUGAACACGUGUUUGAAUUGGUACUACCUAAAGCUUGUAUGGUUGGACAUGUGGACUUCAAAUUUGUUUUGAACUCAAAUAUCACCAAUAUUCCACAGAUACAAGUGACCCUGCUGAAAAACAAAGCUCCAGGCUUAGGGAAAGUCAAUGCUCUUAACAUUGAAGCGGAACAAAAUGGGAAACCGUCCUUGAUUGAUAUGAAUGAAGAAAUGCAGCACAUGGAUGUAGAGGAAUCACAGUGUCUUAGAUUAUGUCCAUUUUUAGAAGAUCAUAAAGAAGACAUUCUGUGUGGCCCAGUGUGGCUUGCUAGUGGCCUUGAUCUAUCAGGGCAUGCUGGAAUGCUGACACUAACAAGCCCCAAACUUGUUAAAGGUGUGGCAGGAGGAAAAUAUCGUUCGUUUUUAAUCCAUGUCAAGGCAGUGAAUGAAAGAGGAACAGAUGAGAUCUGUAAUGGUGGUAUACGUCCUGUAGUAAGACUUCCAUCCCUAAAACACCAGAGUAACAAGGGUAACUCACUUGCUUCACUCUUGGCAAAAGUUGCAGCAGGCAAGGACAAAACAACAAAUACUAAGAACGAAAAUACAAGUGGCCCCCGUAAAUCUGAAAACCUCCGAGGCUGUGACUUACUCCAAGAGGUCUCAGUUACCAUUCGGCGGUUUAAGAAAACCUCAAUUUCUAAGGAGAGAGUGCAACGAUGUGCCAUGUUACAGUUUUCAGAUUUUCAUGAGAAGCUUCUUAAUACUCUUUGCAGAAAAGCAGAUGACGGUCAAAUCACAGAACAUGCCCAGAGCCUUGUGUUGGAUACUCUCUGUUGGUUAGCUGGAGUACAUUCAAAUGGACCUGGAAGCUCAAAGGAAGGAAAUGAGAGCCUACUUUCAAAAACACGAAAAUGUCUUUCAGACAUCGUACGUGUUUGCUUCUUUGAGGCAGGACGAAGUAUCGCCCACAAGUGUGCCCGGUUUCUAGCCUUGUGCAUUAGUAAUGGCAAGUGUGACCCAUACCAGCCAGGAUUUGGAUCUGUUUUGUUGAAGGCCUUACUUGAUAAUAUGUCCUUUUUACCUGCAGCAGCAACUGGUGGUUCUGUCUAUUGGUAUUUUGUCUUACUGAAUUAUGUUAAAGAUGAAGAUUUAGCUGGGUGCAGUACAGCUUGUGCGUCUUUGCUUACUGCUGUGUCCAGACAGUUACAGGACAGGCUAACACCAUUGGAGGCUUUACUUCAAACAAGAUAUGGAUUGUAUAGCUCACCAUUUGAUCCAGUCCUCUUUGAUUUGGAGAUGAAUGGCUCUUCUUGUAAAAAUGUAUAUAACAGCAGCAUUGGUGUUCAGUCAGAUGAAAUUGAUUUAUCAGACGUCCUCUCAGGAAAUGGAAAGGUCAGUAGUUGCACAGCUGCUGAGGGCAGUUUCACGUCUCUCACUGGACUCCUGGAAGUUGAACCCCUGCACUUCACUUGUGUCUCAACUAGUGAUGGAACAAGAAUAGAAAGGGAUGAUGCAAUGAGUUCCUUCGGGGUUACUCCUGCAGUAGGUGGACUAUCUUCUGGGACAGUUGGGGAAGCCUCGACAGCCCUGAGUUCAGCAGCCCAGGUAGCUUUGCAGUCUCUCUCUCAUGCAAUGGCUUCAGCCGAGCAACAGCUACAGGUGCUGCAAGAGAAACAGCAGCAGCUUUUGAAGCUUCAGCAACAGAAAGCCAAGCUGGAAGCCAAGUUACAUCAGACAACAGCUGCAGCAGCUGCGGCAGCAUCAGCAGUAGGUCCUGUUCACAACUCUGUGCCUUCCAACCCAGUGGCUGCCCCUGGAUUCUUCAUUCACCCAUCUGAUGUUAUUCCACCCACUCCAAAAACAACACCUCUUUUUAUGACUCCACCACUCACUCCGCCCAAUGAAGCCGUUUCCGUUGUGAUCAAUGCUGAGCUUGCACAGCUUUUCCCAGGCUCAGUCAUCGAUCCCCCUGCAGUCAGUCUUGCUGCACACAACAAAAAUUCCAACAAGUCCAGAAUGAAUCCACUUGGUUCUGGUCUAGCCCUUGCAAUUUCGCAUGCUUCACAUUUUCUUCAACCUCCCCCUCACCAGUCCAUUAUUAUAGAGCGAAUGCAUUCAGGGGCAAGGAGAUUUGUGACCUUGGAUUUUGGCAGACCUAUAUUGUUGACAGAUGUUUUAAUUCCUACUUGUGGAGAUUUGGCCUCCUUAUCAAUUGACAUUUGGACAUUAGGAGAAGAAGUGGAUGGAAGGCGACUGGUAGUGGCAACUGAUAUAAGCACCCAUUCAUUAAUUCUCCAUGACUUAAUACCACCACCUGUGUGCAGGUUCAUGAAGAUCACUGUCAUUGGACGUUAUGGAAGUACAAAUGCCAGAGCUAAAAUCCCGUUAGGAUUUUACUAUGGUCAUACCUAUAUCUUGCCUUGGGAAAGUGAACUGAAGUUAAUGCAUGAUCCUCUAAGGGGAGAGGGAGAAUCUGCAAACCAGCCGGAAAUUGACCAGCAUUUAGCAAUGAUGGUUGCUCUGCAGGAGGAUAUACAGUGCAGAUAUAAUUUGGCUUGUCAUCGUCUGGAAACUCUUUUGCAAAGUAUUGAUCUUCCUCCUCUCAACAGUGCUAACAAUGCACAGUACUUUUUACGAAAACCAGACAAGGCCGUGGAGGAAGAUAGUCGAGUUUUUUCUGCUUAUCAAGAUUGUAUUCAGUUACAGCUUCAGCUGAAUUUGGCUCAUAAUGCAGUGCAGAGGCUCAAAGUAGCUCUAGGUGCAAGUCGGAAGACGCUGAGUGAAAGCUCAGAUCCAGACGAUUUAAUUCAGACGUCUUCCACAGAGCAGUUACGUACUAUCAUCAGAUAUUUAUUGGACACUUUGCUCAGCCUUCUUCACUCUUCUAAUGGACACUCUGUUCCUGCAGUUUUGCAGAGCACAUUUCACGCCCAGGCCUGUGAAGAGCUCUUUAAGCACUUGUGCAUCAGUGGAACCCCAAAGAUACGAUUACAUACUGGUCUUCUGCUUGUUCAACUGUGUGGUGGUGAAAGAUGGUGGGGUCAGUUUCUCUCUAAUGUUCUUCAGGAAUUGUACAAUUCAGAGCAGCUUCUCAUCUUUCCACAGGACAGGGUCUUCAUGUUACUUUCCUGCAUUGGUCAAAGAUCACUUAGUAACAGUGGAGUAUUAGAAAGUUUACUUAACCUCUUGGAUAACUUAUUGUCCCCUCUUCAGCCACAGUUACCCAUGCAUAGGAGGACAGAAGGAGUACUGGACAUCCCCAUGAUCAGUUGGGUUGUUAUGCUGGUGUCCAGGUUGCUGGAUUAUGUGGCAACUGUUGAAGAUGAAGCAGCAGCUGCAAAGAAACCUUUGAAUGGUAAUCAGUGGAGUUUUAUUAACAAUAAUCUACAUACUCAGAGUUUAAAUAGAUCUUCCAAAGGUAGCAGUAGCCUUGAUAGAUUAUAUUCCAGAAAAAUCAGAAAGCAGCUUGUUCAUCAUAAGCAGCAACUUAACCUAUUAAAAGCAAAACAGAAGGCUUUGGUGGAACAGAUGGAAAAAGAAAAAAUACAAAGUAACAAAGGAUCAUCAUAUAAACUCCUGGUGGAGCAAGCAAAACUAAAGCAGGCUACUUCAAAGCACUUUAAGGAUUUAAUUCGAUUACGUCGGACAGCAGAAUGGUCCCGUUCGAAUUUAGAUACAGAAGUGACGACAACAAAAGAAAGUCCAGAGAUAGAACCACUUCCAUUCACUCUGGCCCAUGAACGUUGUAUCUCAGUUGUCCAGAAACUUAUUUUGUUUCUUCUCUCCAUGGAUUUUACAUGUCAUGCAGAUCUCUUAUUAUUUGUUUGUAAGGUUCUUGCACGCAUUGCGAAUGCCACAAGGCCAACGAUUCAUCUGUGUGAGAUUGUGAAUGAACCCCAGCUGGAAAGACUGCUAUUGCUUUUGGUUGGAACUGACUUCAACAGAGGAGAUAUAUCAUGGGGUGGUGCUUGGGCUCAGUAUUCCUUGACUUGUAUGCUGCAGGAUAUUUUAGCAGGAGAAUUGUUGGCUCCGGUAGCCGCAGAAGCCAUGGAGGAAGGAACAGGAGGUGAUGAUGUAGGAGCGACAGCUGGUGAUUCUGAUGACUCCCUUCAGCAGUCCUCAGUUCAGUUGCUGGAGACUAUAGACGAGCCUAUAACACAGGACAUAACAACUACACCUCCUCUCUCUUUGGAAAAAGAUAAAGAAAUUGACCUAGAACUACUCCAAGAUCUAAUGGAAGUUGACAUUGAUCCUUUAGAUAUUGAUUUGGAAAAGGAUCCUCUUGCAGCCAAAGUUUUUAAGCCAAUAAGCAGUACAUGGUAUGAUUAUUGGGGUGCUGAUUAUGGCACCUACAAUUACAACCCUUACAUUGGAGGUCUGGGAAUUCCUGUAGCAAAGCCACCAGCAAACACAGAGAAGAAUGGAUCACAGACUGUUAGUGUUUCAGUGUCUCAGGCCUUAGAUGCUCGUCUGGAAGUUGGACUUGAACAGCAGGCGGAGCUUAUGCUGAAAAUGAUGUCUACCCUGGAGGCAGAUUCCAUUUUACAGGCAUUAACAAAUACAUCUCCUACGUUGUCACAGUCUCCCAGUGGAACAGACGAUUCACUUCUAGGGGGUUUACAAGCUGCAAACCAAACCAACCAGCUUAUCAUACAGUUAUCAUCAGUCCCAAUGUUAAACGUUUGUUUCAACAAACUUUUUUCCAUGCUUCAAGUCCAUCAUGUUCAGUUGGAGUCACUUCUGCAAUUGUGGCUCACAUUGAGCCUAAAUUCUAGUUCAUCUGGAAACAAAGAAAGUGGAGCAGACAUAUUUUUAUAUAAUGCUAAUCGAAUACCUAUCAUUUCAUUAAAUCAAGCAUCAAUUAGUAGCUUUCUCACAGUGUUAGCUUGGUAUCCCAAUACUUUGCUCCGGACCUGGUGCCUUGUGCUUCACAGCCUAACACUCAUGACAAACAUGCAGCUUAAUUGUAAGUUCAACUUACAACUUAUUCAUAUCAGUCUCUGGCAUUUUUCUGUGGAUAUACAUUUUAUUCAGGUUGGUCCAACAGCUACACAAGCUAUGCAGGAGUUUCUUACUCGAUUACAAGUACAUCUUUCUUCAACAUGUCCUCAGAUAUUCAGUGAAUUUCUGCUCAAGCUAGUUCACAUACUUUCAACUGAAAGGGGUGCUUUCCAGACAGGCCAAGGACCUCUUGAUGCCCAAGUGAAGCUCUUAGAAUUCACUCUGGAGCAAAAUUUUGAAGUUGUUUCAGUUAGUACCAUUUCUGCUGUGAUCGAAUCUGUCACAUUUUUGGUGCAUCACUAUAUCACUUGCUCAGACAAAGUAGUAUCCAGAAGUGGAUCAGAUAGUUCUGUGGGCGCUCGAGCAUGCUUUGGAGGACUGUUUGCCAACCUCAUUCGUCCAGGUGAUGCGAAAGCAGUUUGUGGUGAAAUGACAAGAGAUCAGCUUAUGUUUGAUUUGUUAAAACUUGUGAACAUUUUAGUACAGCUGCCUCUUUCAGGCAAUAGGGAAUACAGUGCAAGAGUGUCUGUGACCACCAAUACAACAGAUAGUGUUUCAGAUGAAGAAAAAGUCUCAGGAGGGAAAGAUGGCAAUGGAAGCAGUUCCAGUAUUCAAGGAUCACCUGCUUAUGUUGCUGACUUAGUCUUGGCCAAUCAACAGAUUAUGAGCCAGAUUUUAUCUGCUCUGGGCCUAUGUAAUAGCAGUGCCAUGGCAAUGAUAAUUGGGGCAAGUGGAUUACAUCUCACUAAACAUGAAAAUUUUCAUGGUGGGUUAGAUGCCAUUUCAGUUGGGGAUGGAUUAUUUACCAUAUUGACAACCCUUAGUAAAAAAGCUUCUACAGUCCACAUGAUGCUGCAGCCAAUUUUAACCUACAUGGCCUGUGGAUAUAUGGGCAGACAAGGUUCUCUUGCUACUUGUCAGUUAUCUGAGCCAUUAUUGUGGUUCAUUUUGAGAGUGUUGGAUACUAGUGAUGCCUUGAAAGCAUUCCAUGAUAUGGGUGGUGUUCAACUUAUAUGUAACAAUAUGGUUACUAGUACAAGGGCUAUUGUUAACACUGCAAGAAGUAUGGUAUCAACUAUUAUGAAAUUUCUUGAUUCUGGUCCAAAUAAAGCUGUUGACAGCUCUUUGAAAACAAGAAUACUGGCUUCUGAGCCUGACAAUGCAGAAGGGAUCCAUAACUUUGCACCCCUGGGUACAAUCACAUCUAGCAGUCCUACUGCCCAGCCCGCUGAAGUGCUUUUGCAGGCUACACCGCCUCAUAGAAGAGCUCGCUCUGCUGCCUGGUCCUACAUCUUCCUGCCAGAGGAGGCUUGGUGCGACCUGACCAUUCACCUUCCUGCAGCAGUGCUUCUCAAGGAGAUACAUAUCCAGCCUCAUCUCGCAUCUCUUGCAACCUGCCCAUCCUCAGUGUCUGUUGAAGUAAGUGCAGAUGGAGUAAAUAUGCUACCUUUGUCCACUCCUGUUGUCACAAGCGGCCUCACCUACAUAAAGAUCCAGCUUGUGAAAGCCGAAGUAGCUUCAGCUGUCUGCCUUAGACUGCAUCGUCCGAGAGACGCCAGCACCUUAGGCCUCUCGCAGAUUAAAUUAUUGGGCCUCACCGCUUUUGGUACCACUUCUUCAGCAACAGUAAAUAAUCCUUUUCUUCCAUCUGAAGAUCAGGUAUCCAAAACAAGCAUUGGGUGGUUACGGUUAUUACAUCAUUGCCUUACUCACAUAAGUGAUCUGGAAGGAAUGAUGGCAAGUGCAGCUGCACCUACUGCUAACCUGCUACAGACUUGUGCCGCGUUGUUGAUGUCGCCCUACUGUGGAAUGCAUUCACCCAACAUUGAAGUUGUGCUUGUAAAGAUAGGACUGCAGUCUACUAGAAUCGGCCUGAAGCUUAUAGACAUUCUCCUGAGGAAUUGUGCCGCAUCGGGCAGUGAUCCUACAGAUUUAAAUAGCCCUUUACUUUUUGGAAGACUGAAUGGACUUUCUUCUGACUCUACAAUAGACAUUCUUUACCAACUUGGAACAACUCAGGAUCCUGGAACAAAAGACAGAAUUCAGGCCUUGUUAAAAUGGGUCAGUGAUUCUGCAAGAGUGGCUGCCAUGAAGAGAAGUGGCAGGAUGAACUAUGUGUGCCCCAACUCUUCAGCAAUAGAGUACGGCCUUCUGAUGCCGUCUCCUUCUCAUUUGCACUGUGUCGCAGCAAUUCUGUGGCAUAGUUAUGAGCUGCUUGUAGAGUAUGAUUUACCAGCACUGCUGGACCGCGAGCUCUUUGAGUUACUUUUUAAUUGGUCCAUGUCUCUUCCCUGCAGUAUGGUUUUGAAGAAAGCUGUUGAUAGUCUCCUUUGCUCGAUGUGUCACAUACACCCAAAUUAUUUUUCUUUGCUCAUGGGCUGGAUGGGAAUUACUCCUCCUCCAGUGCAGUGUCACCACAGACUAUCCAUGACCGAUGAUAGCAAAAAGCAGGAUCUUAGUUCAUCUUUAACAGAUGACUCUAAAAAUGCUCAAGCCCCUCUGGCAUUAACCGAAUCACAUUUGUCAACCCUCGCUUCCUCUUCUCAGUCUCCAGAGGCUAUUAAACAGUUACUAGAGUCAGGCUUGCCUUCCCUUCUUGUGAGGAGUCUGGCUGGUUUCUGCUUUAGUCACAUUUCAUGCUCAGAAAGCAUUGCUCAGCCAGUAGAUGUUUCCCAGGACAAACUCAGGCGACAUCAUGUUCCACAACAAUGUAGUAAGAUGCCUAUCACAGCGGACCUGGUUGCUCCUAUUCUUAGGUUUUUGACAGAGGUUGGCAAUAGUCAUAUUAUGAAAGAUUGGCUUGGCGGUUCUGAAGUCAACCCAUUAUGGACAGCACUUCUGUUUUUAUUGUGUCACUCUGGGUCCACUUCUGGAGGACAUAAUUUAAGCGUACCGCAGACUAGUGCAAGAUCCGUUUCUCUCUCUUCGGCUGUUACAACAGGAUUGACUACUCAGCAGCGCACAGCAAUUGAGAAUGCAACUGUUGCAUUCUUUUUGCAGUGCAUUUCAUGCCACCCUAAUAAUCAAAAGCUGAUGGCUCAGGUUCUUUGUGAACUAUUUCAGACCUCUCCUCAGAGAGGGAACCUUCCAACAUCUGGGAACAUCUCAGGAUUUAUACGAAGAUUAUUUUUACAGUUGAUGCUGGAAGAUGAGAAAGUGACGAUGUUUCUUCAGUCUCCCUGUCCAUUGUAUAAGGGUAGAAUCAAUGCCACUAGCCAUGUCAUCCAGCACCCAAUGUAUGGAGCAGGCCACAAAUUCCGUACUCUUCAUUUGCCAGUCUCAACAACAUUAUCAGAUGUUCUUGACAGAGUGUCAGAUACUCCAAGUAUCACAGCUAAACUAAUUAGUGAACAAAAAGAUGACAAAGAAAAGAAAAACCACGAAGAGAAAGAAAAAGUAAAGGCGGAAAAUGGAUUUCAGGACAAUUACAGUGUUGUUGUUGCCUCUGGGUUGAAAUCCCAAUCCAAACGUGCUGUGUCAGCUACACCGCCUCGCCCACCAUCCAGGAGGGGAAGGACUAUGCCUGAUAAAAUAGGAAGCACUUCCUCAGGAGCAGAGGCUGCUAACAAAAUAAUUACCGUCCCAGUGUUUAACUUAGUUGUGUUAUUUUUAGGCCAGCCACUGCCGGCUGAAAUGACCCUUGCCCAGCUUUUAACUCUCCUGUAUGACCGAAAACUUCCUCAGGGUUACCGCUCAAUAGAUCUGACUGUCAAAUUGGGAUCAAGAGUUAUCACAGACCCAAGUCUUUCAAAAACAGAUUCUUUUAAAAGACUCCAUCCUGAAAAAGAACAUGGAGAUAUACUUGGUAGCUGUCCAGAAGAUGAGGCUUUCACUCCAAGUGAUGAGUCCAUGGAUGGGAUAUUGGAUGAGUCUUUACUGGAAACCUGUCCUAUUCAGUCACCAUUACAAGUUUUUGCAGGAAUGGGUGGACUGGCUCUUAUUGCAGAAAGACUACCCAUGCUAUAUCCAGAAGUAAUUCAGCAGGUGAGCGCUCCAGUUGUAACAUCUACCACUCAGGAAAAGCCAAAGGAUAGCGAUCAGUUUGAGUGGGUGACAAUUGAACAGUCAGGGGAAUUAGUUUAUGAAGCACCAGAAACAAUUGCAGCUGAACCUCCACCCAUCAAGUCAGCGGUGCAGACCAUGUCUCCCAUACCUGCUCACUCUCUGGCUGCGUUUGGAUUAUUUCUUCGUCUUCCGGGAUAUGCCGAAGUGCUACUCAAAGAGAGAAAACAUGCCCAGUGCCUUCUUCGAUUGGUAUUGGGAGUGACAGAUGAUGGAGAAGGAAGUCAUAUUCUGCAAUCUCCAUCAGCCAAUGUGCUUCCAACCCUUCCUUUCCAUGUCCUUCGUAGCUUGUUUAGCAGUACACCUUUGACAACGGACGACGGUGUGCUUCUAAGGCGGAUGGCCUUGGAGAUUGGAGCCCUACACCUCAUUCUUGUCUGUCUCUCUGCUCUGAGCCACCAUGCCCCACGAGUUCCAAAUGGUAGCCUCAAUCAAACAGAGCCACAAGUGUCAAGCGCUCAUAACCAUACAUCAACAGAAGAACAGCAGCUGUACUGGGCCAAAGGGACUGGCUUUGGAACAGGCUCGACAGCGUCUGGGUGGGAUGUGGAACAAGCCUUAACUAAACAGAGGCUAGAAGAGGAGCACGUUACUUGUCUUCUGCAGGUUCUUGCCAGUUACAUAAAUCCUGUGAGUGGUGUGGUGAAUGGAGAAACUCAUUCGUCCCCUGAGAGCAGAGGACAGAACAGCAAUGCCCUCCCCUCUGUGCUGCUAGAGCUGCUCAGUCAGUCCUGCCUCAUCCCAGCCAUGUCCUCUUAUCUGCGAAACGAUUCAGUUCUGGACAUGGCGAGACAUGUGCCGCUCUAUCGGGCUCUGCUGGAAUUGCUCCGGGCCAUUGCUUCCUGUACCUCUAUGGUGCCCCUGUUGUUGCCUCUUUCUACAGAGAAUGGUGAAGAGGAGGAAGAACAGUCCGAGUGUCAGACUUCUGUCGGCACAUUAUUAGCCAAAAUGAAGACCUGUGUGGACACCUACACCAACCGUUUAAGAUCUAAAAGGGAAAAUGUUAAAACAGGAGUAAAACCAGAUUCAUCUGAUCAAGAACCAGAAGGACUUACUCUUUUGGUACCAGACAUCCAAAAGACUGCUGAGAUAGUCCAUGCAGCCACCACCAGUUUGCGCCAAGCAAAUCAAGAGAAAAAACUAGGUGAAUACUCAAAGAAGACAGCUUUGAAACCCAAACCUUUGUCAGUAUUAAAAUCACUUGAAGAAAAAUACGUGGCUGUUAUGAAGAAAUUACAGUUUGACACAUUUGAAAUGGUUUCUGAAGAUGAAGAUGGGAAGUUGGGUUUUAGAGUAAACUACCACUACAUGUCUCAGGUGAAAAACGCAAAUGACGCAAACAGCGCUGCCAGAGCCCGCCGCCUCGCCCAGGAGGCCGUGACACUGUCCACCUCACUGCCUCUGUCAUCAUCUUCGAGUGUGUUUGUACGCUGUGAUGAGGAGCGACUUGACAUCAUGAAGGUUCUGAUAACUGGUCCUGCGGACACCCCUUACGCGAAUGGCUGCUUUGAGUUUGAUGUAUAUUUUCCUCAAGAUUAUCCCAGUUCACCCCCGCUCGUGAAUCUAGAGACAACUGGGGGUCAUAGUGUACGGUUCAAUCCAAACCUUUAUAAUGAUGGCAAGCAUUUUAAAAAACUUUUUGCUCACAUGACCUGUUACUGUCAUGCACUACAUUGUGUUCCUUUGGUCAACGGCAGCCGGCAUAUUCAACACUGGUCCCAUAAGGUGUUGGUAUCUGUCCAGUCCCUUAUAUUAGUAGCUGAGCCUUAUUUUAAUGAACCAGGAUAUGAACGGUCCAGAGGCACUCCCAGUGGCACACAGAGUUCUCGAGAAUAUGAUGGAAACAUUCGACAAGCAACGGUUAAGUGGGCAAUGCUAGAGCAAAUCAGAAACCCUUCACCAUGCUUUAAAGAGGUAUGUUCAGUCAAACUAGCCAAAUACGUUCUGAUGAGAUUGUUUAUUCUGAGCAUUAAGAAAAUUAAUGCUGAAUGUGAAACAUUUGGCAAACAUUUUACCGAAGGCCUGCGUCACACUGCUCAGCUCCGUGAAGAGCUGCUGAAACUUCCUUGCCCCGAAGGCUUGGACCCGGACUUGGAGGAUGCCUCGGAGGUGUGCAGGGCCACAGCAGGUGCUGAGGAGACACUAAUGCACGAUCAGGUCAGGCCUGGCAGCAGCAAAGAACUCUCCAGUGACUUCCAAUUAUGAGCUGCGUUGACGUGGACUUCAUAGACACAAAGGCUUCAAGCACAAGCCAAAUAUGUCAAUAUUUGUAUGUAAGAAACUAAUUAUGUAAUAGGUAAUGAAACUGAAACUAUACUAUGCCCUUAAGGAGAUCCAGUUUAAUUCAAGGUGAUCUUUUAUUUACCUGUACAAGAGUGUAAACUUUUCGUGCUUUUAUUUUUCAAUUGUGAGAACCACUGAUUGGUAUGUUCAACAAAUUUGUGUAUACAAAGAAAUGGAUAAAUCACUGAUACAUAAGGGAAACUACCUUAGGAAGAAUGUUUACUGAAUGUUUUUUUCUGGUUUUUUUUUCUUUUUUUUUUUUUUUUACAGUAGAGUGAGAGGUUGUUAACAAAGAAUAUAUAUUGGUCAUUCUUACAACUACUAUUUAAAGUCAGCAACUUUUCACUGAAUUUGAUAGAUCUUAUGUUUGGCCAUAUCUUCAUGCUCAUUUGAUUUCUGAAGACCUCCUCCAUACACUUCAAUAAAAGUUAAAUGGACAUACUCCCUCUUUUUUGAUUUACUGGUACAUUUUUUAAAUAAUAAAUCUGCCAUAAAAUGCAUUAUAGCUGGAGACUUGCACUUGUAUGGAUGAAUUUAUUACAUUCAACAUAUUUAAUUUUAUGCCUUCUAAUUCUAAGAUGCAGAAAAAAAUAAAUGAACAUGAUUUUAUUCUAUGCCAACAUUUGCGCCUCUGAAUGUAUCUGUUAUUUGAAUUUGAGUAUAUGAAAAGGAAUGGUCAAUUGGAAAAGUCACUCUAAACUGAUUUUUUUUUUCUAAAGGGCUCCUUUUUCCUGGAUUAUCUGGUUUUAUUACUGCAGUCCCAUGUAUGUACUCCCGUUGAGGCUCUGUAGAGGAGAGAGGCUGUACCUCUCUGGUGCUGUUACAGUACACUCUGUACCUGCCAUACAGGCUCAUUUUCAUGCAAAUUCUUCCUAGAGCCAAAUAAAUAAAGACUUAGGUGAAUUAGUA